AUGCCGUCGACGCCCAACGCUCGCUCGAUCCGCAGCAAUGCGCCGUCGACGACGCCAGCCGGCGCACCUCCGACGUGGCUAACAGACCACACCACGACACCGGACGGCGCACCUCCGACGCGAUCGCAGUUUAAUUCCUCCUUCAAUCCCCACCACGACACGUUCCGGCGCAGCAAAGGACCCAGCACUUUCCAACACAACAAACACGCCAGCUUCAGUGUGCCGGAUGACGAUGAUGAUGAUGAAGAUGAAGAGGGGUACGACGACGACGAGGAGGAUGAUGCAGCGUAUGAAGAGGAUGAAAGUGAGGUGGAAAUGCCGUUUAUGAACUCGCUGCYUGCCCCGGGGAGUAACCAUCCGCGCGGACUGAAGCGCAGUCAUGAUGGACGAGUGCGAGAAACAACGGCCAUGGCGGGCAUUGCCCGAAGACUGACGAAUAAUGCUCCCCCGGCGGAGUUGCACGAAGUGGACCAGACCAUCCUCCAAAGCCAGAGCAUUGUCGCCGAGUUGGACGCCAAAGUCCGGCGAUCACCCCGAGACGCGGAUGAAAUUCUCCUCGAAACGGCCGCUCAACUCACCAAACUGUGGGCCAGCAAGGCCGAUGCAUCCACACGACCAGGCGCCCUAGGUCCUCAAUCGACAGAUGCCUUCACCAUUGCCAACUACAUGGCAACUCUCUUGCUCCAACUCCACCACCCGCACACGGCCAAUCCCCAGGCUACGACACGUACCACACGACCCUCUGCWCGACCCAACCACGGCACGACUGUCCCCAAGGGACUACUGGACUGGCUCAACAAGUAUCAUCUCCCCUUCCCCGACGACUUUGGAGCCAUUCACGUUUAUCAUCCCGCACCUGCUGCUCACGAGUCUUUCUGGGAUGUCAUCUACGCGUCGGCGUUGAGAGGUAGGCUCGAUCGAGUCGUGUCUCUACUGAGAGACGCAGGAUGGGAGCACGCAGUCACGGCACUGGAUGAUGGAUCGCACGACCCGGGUUAUACGGGCCAUCAACUCGCCAAUACAGAGGAGGUGAUUGGGAUGUGCAUUAGGACAAUUGAAGGCUGCCCCGCCCACCAACACAACGACUGGGAUGUCAAGGGUGUAGAGUGGAACAUCUUCCGCCAGCGAACACGUGCAGCUCUGGACGAUCUGGAAGCGUUCGCAGAAGGCGACAAUUUGGAUGCUUCCCUCGGAAAUGCCUUUGAGCGGAGCGCACGAGGAAGUCAUUUGAGUCUGUCUACUGCAAGUCGACGGGCUGAGAGCAGGGUUCCUUGGAGCAUCUUUGAGAACCUCAAGCUGCUGUACGGACUAUUGCUGGGAUCGACCGAUGAAAUCCUGAUGACGGCACAAGAUUGGUUGGAAGCAUCUCUCUAUUUGACUGUCUGGUGGGACGGCUUGGGCAGCGAAGACCGUGGCGCUAGUCUCGGUCGGAGCGGAAUGCGCAAGAGUACCGUUCAAAAGACACGCGAAGUCGACAUUGCACCUCUUGCCGCCUAUCGAAGAAGACUUGGAGACGCCUUGAUGACUGUGACCGACAACCCGCAAGACAGCGUCUUUUCCGUCGAUACCUUGGACCCUGUGCAAGUCGGGAUCGCCUGUAUCUUGGAAGACAGCGUUGGAAAUGCAGUGAGGAUGCUGCGCAAGUACAGCAUGCCAAUCGCCAUCUCCGUCGUUGAAAUCGCUGCCCUUGGUGAUUGGUUACCUCUGACAAGACCUCGUGGUGGUCGCGGUGACUUGUUGGACCAAGGGUUCUCUAGAGAAGAUCUCCUUGUGCUCUCGCAUGGUCCCGUGGACACGAAUCCAGAUGACAUUGAUCGGGACGGCUUUCUCUGCGAGUAUGCCGAUUUGCUUGCAAGCAGACAGCAGAUUGGCGAACACGAAGGCUGGGAGCUAGCAGUAGCAGUCCUGAAUCGCCUUGAUGAGUCCUCUUCUGCAAGUCCCAAGAUCGCCGGCCUUCUGGAUCGAAUCCCUUUGGAGAGUUCUGACCGCGUUGACAAAGUACUUUCUGUCUGCGAGGAUCUCGAACAAGUCGAUCAACUCCGUGACAUUGCCGAACGAUACGCAGACUCUCUUGCCGAGGAUACGGCUACGUACGGAGACGCCCUCAUCUACUACGCCCGCGCACGCUCCGUUCAGAAACUAAAGGCCAACCUCAACCACCUCACAGGAUUGUGCUUGCUGCAUUCCACGUCCACCCCUCCCAUGGGUGGCACCGAUCACCAGCUGGAAGCUCUCAUCAACAAAGAUCGCGCAGCGUUGAGAAAUCUCGCCGAUGUUGACAUGGAGGCUGCCACUCUUCUCUCCUCACAACUUAGUGGCUACGCUACGCUGAGGCAAUUUUUUGACCUMCGAGAUGGAUCGAAUACAUCAUCUCUCGCGCGAAGGCGGGCGGCGGCUACAGCUUUGUUCGCAGUCAUCACCUCGGCUGCAGACUGCAUUCCUGGUGGACUCUUCGAUCCGGAAGCUGAGACCGCCAUCCCUGCCGAGGGACUGCUGAACUUGUUUGGAGAGUGUCUGCCUUUGCUAGGAWGUGGCGAGAGGAUCUUCACCGAGCAACAGACUUUCGCAUUGCUGGGAUUGCUUGAAGAUUGGGAAGCUUGUCCGGGACGCAUCCACGACGAAGCCGGUGGCCUGCUCAGCGCGAGCCUCGGUGCAUAUCGGGAGGAAGCGACUCUGGCAACGGGGCCACUUACGAGGCAAAAGAAGAAGGAGAUUGGUGGAGAUCUGGGGAGGAGUGUGGGCAGCAGUUGGGAUGUGCUGAGCGCGGAGCUAGCCGAACAGGUCGUGGCGAAGGGCGAGGUGCACAGAGGGUGGGAUUGGAGGAGGGGAGUUGUGGGUUUGAAUGAGAGAGAUAGUGGGGAGAAAUUGGUGGUGGGUUUGGUCAGGGAGGGACUGGUCAGAGAAGUUGCAAGGGGAUGGAGUGGGGGGCUGGGCUGGUAG